AUGAAUUCUACUACUAAAUGGUUUGCCAUGAAUAUGAUAUUGCUCAACUUCUUUCCAAUCCUCCCUUCUUCCACUUCCAUUGUCAUUGGCUCUAUAAAUCCAAAUCAACCCAUGAGAGAUGGCGAUGUUCUUCUCUCUAGUACCAAAAUCUUUGCACUUGGGUUUUUCAGCCCGGCCAAUUCUCGUAACCGGUAUGUUGGAGUUUGGUACAACAAAGUUCCAAACCAAACCAUUGUCUGGGUUGCAAACAGAGACAACCCCAUAAUUCCUGUCACUGAUAAUAAUGCCUCUGGAGUUGGACUUCUAGCUGUUCAUGGAAAUGGAGGCCUGGUCAUCUAUGGGAAGGACCAAAAUACCCCUAUUUGGUCUGCUAAUGUUUCAGUCUCUUCGCCAAACAAUUCCAUGAUAGCCAAGCUUUUGGAUACAGGAAAUCUUGUUUUGCUUGAGGACGAUGGCCAAAGGGUAUUGUGGCAAGGCUUUGAUCAUCCCACAAAUACAAUGCUUCCAUUUAUGAAACUUGGGCUGGACCGGCGGUCCAAGUUGAAUCGGUUCCUCACAUCAUGGAAAUCUCAAGAUGAUCCGGGAAUCGGUAACUAUUCGUAUCGGAUCGACCCAAGUGGGUUUCCGCAGGCCUUUUUAUACAAGGGUCAAGCUCCGCGCUGGAGGGCCGGCUCGUGGACCGGAUAUGGAUGGAGCGGUGUGCCCCAAAUGACAAAUGAGUUCGUAUUCAACGCUAGUUUUGUGAACAAUCAAGAUGAGCUAUCCAUUGUGAAUGGUAUCACGAAUGAAUCAAUCUUCUCGAGGAUGGUUCUUGAUGAAUCAGGAGCCCUUGUACGGUCCAUGUGGCAUGAUCACAGGCAACAAUGGAUCAAGUAUUGGUCUGCACCCGAAGGUUUGUGUGGUGAAUAUGGGAAGUGUGGUGCAAAUAGCAAUUGUGACCCGUCCAAUAUGGGUAAGUUCGAGUGCACGUGCCUACCCGGAUAUGAACCCAAGUCGCCACGUGAUUGGUAUUUGAGAGAUGGGUCGGGUGGGUGUGUGAGGAAAAACGGAGUAUCCAUUUGUGGAAACGGGGAUGGGUUCGUGAAGGUCGAACGUGUGCAGGUACCCGACUCAUCUAAGGCACUUGUGAACAUGAAUUUGAGUUGGAAAGCAUGCCCGCAUGAGUGCUUGAGAAAUUGUUCUUGCAAGGCAUACGCAAAAGCAGACGAGAGAUGGGGAGGGUUUGGAUGCGUGACAUGGCAUGGGGACUUGAUGGACACGAGAACAUUUCCAAAGGCUGGCCAGGAUUUGUAUGUACGAGUUGAUGCAAUUGUGUUAGCUCAAUAUUCAAAGUCAAAUGGUUCACUUAGCAAGAAGGGAAAACUGGCAAUUUCUCUAGUUUCUGUUCUGGUGUUCCUUCUUGUAGUUCCCAUUUCUUAUUGGUUGGUAAGGAGGAAAAGAAAAGGUAAGCAAAGACCAAAUAAGCAUUCCUCUAGAGUUACCACAAGGUCAACCUACUUUGAAGAUUCUACUGCAGAACUUGAUGAAAGUAGUAUGCACUCAGACAUACCAUUCUUUGAUCUACCAACCAUAGCAGCGGCCACGGACAAUUUCUCACUUGAAAACAAGCUUGGAAAGGGGGGUUUUGGCUCAGUCUAUAAGGGUGUGCUUUGUAAUGGAAAAGAAGUGGCAGUGAAAAGAUUAUCAAAACAUUCUGGGCAAGGAAUUGACGAAUUUAAGAAUGAAAUUGUGCUGAUUGCAAAACUCCAACACAGGAACCUUGUCAUGAUUUUAGGUUAUUGCGUUCAAGAUGAAGAGAAGAUGCUAAUCUAUGAAUACGUGCCAAACAAAAGCUUGGACUCUUUCAUCUUCAAUGACACAAAAAAAGCACUUCUAGAUUGGACAAUACGCUUCAGGAUCAUCUAUGGGAUUGCUAAAGGGAUCUUGUAUCUUCAUCAAGAUUCAAGGUUAAGGAUUAUCCAUAGAGAUCUAAAGGCCAGUAAUGUUCUACUGGAUGCUUCUAUGAACCCCAAAAUUUCAGAUUUUGGUAUGGCUAGAAUUUUUAGAGGAGACAAAAGUGAAGCGAAUACAAAUCGUGUGGUUGGAACAUAUGGUUAUAUGUCUCCAGAGUACGCAAUGGAAGGACAUUUUUCAGUGAAAUCUGAUGUAUAUAGUUUUGGAGUUAUACUCCUAGAAAUCGUUACUGGCAGAAAAAAUUCUGGUUAUUACCAGGACAAGUAUCCCGGCACAAAUUUGGUUGGACAUGUUUGGAACUUGUGGAGAGAAGGUAAAGUCUUGGAAAUCGUCGAUCCAUCUCUGGGUGAAUUGUACCCUGUCAAUGAAGUUGUGAGAUGCAUCCAAAUUGCACUCUUAUGUGUGCAAGAGUAUGCCACUGACCGGCCGACCAUGUCAGCAGUUGUUUUCAUGUUAGGGAAUUAUGACGCAGCAGUUCCUUCACCAAAACAGCCUGCAUUUUUGUUACAGAGAACUUGUGAUGCUGGAGACCCAUCAACCAGUACAGAAGGAGCUAAGUCUAUGAAUGAUGUUACAUGUACUAGUGUACAAGCUCGCUAA